AUGGCAAGCAAACUUCCUUCUUCACGUUCCAAAUCUACUUUGUCAAUUACCAGUAAAGUAAUCACUUUACAAACAUCUGACGAAGCAUGUGGACCUUGCAAGAGGGAUAGUAGUGAAGACUAUGCUUUCUGUUGGUGCAUUGAUUGUGCUGAAGGACUGUGUUCAGACUGUGAGAAACAUCAUAAGAAGUCAAAGACAAGUAUUACACACAGGCUCAUACCGUUACUGAAACUAAAGGAUAUAAGUGACUUUUUAAGAAACUUUACACAAACAUGUUGUGACCAUACUGGAGGAAGUUUUACAUUUUACUGUAAAAGUCAUGACAAAUUGUGUUGUCCGGGUUGUGUAACAAUUCAUCAGAAGGAAUGCCAUGAAAUCAUUACCCUUGGAGAGGCCUCUGUUGACGCAAAGAAGAACGGAAAGAUCGAGGACUUAGGACUGCGAAUGAAAGAGGCACUAACAACGUUAAACGAGUUAGAAAAUCACAAGAAAGAAAAUAUUGGAAUGAUAAAUGCACAGAGAAAUGGAAUCAGAACAACAUUAAGUGAAAUGAGGCGAAAAGUUAAUGAUUAUUUAGAUUCACUGGAAAUGAGAAUUGAAGAAAAACUAUUACAAGCUCAUAAAGAGUGUAUAGAAAAACUACAAACCCAAACAAAAGACUUGGAAAAGAGAACAGAAACAUUGAAAACCUGGCAAAGCGAUAUCACCAUGGUGAAGGAUUUUGGAUCAGACAUACAUUCAUUUGUAAUGUCCAAAAGUCUGGAGAAUCUUAUGACAGAAUUGGAAACUUUCAAUAAAAAAUCAACUGAGAACUUUGUAGGACUGAAUCUGUCGUUUGUUACUUCAACAACAUUCGAAAACUUGCAAAAUACUGUUCAUGCAUUGGGUGAAAUUUCAGUUAACAAAUCCUCGACUGAGUUGAUCAUCACACCCAGAAAGUCUGCACGAAUAAAAAGUAAACUAGUUGUCAAGUAG